AUGGACAGAUGCAUCGAGAGGCAGCAGUGCCACCCCAGCAGGACAUGGCAAGGGGAACAGCAAAAAGAGCAGCUUCAGGUCCGGGAGCGGACUCCAGCAUCUCUCCGUUCCCAGGACUCCGUGGCUGCUGCCCAGGAAGAUGGAGCUCUGGGAAAUGCUGCAGCAGCUGCACCUCAGAGGGCUCCUGGUGAGCUGGAGGAGCGCAGCGAUGCUCCCAGCCGUGUGUGGGGUGCGCAGCCUGGCCUGCUAUUCCAGGGAGAGAAGCAGAGCUGCCACCCUCUCAGCCUGUCCUGGGCACUGGGCUACAACAGCAGCCUGGCUGUGCAUAGCAUCGAAGAUGGGAUGCUGCUGUAUGUCUGUGCCCACACAGCGGUCAUCCACGAUGUCCUUGGCAGCAGGCAGUACCACCUGCAGGGUCACGCAAAUGCCAUCUCAUGCCUGUGUGUCAGUGAGGACAGGCGCUGGGUUGCCACUGCUGACCAAGGUCCAGACCCUUUGGUCAUCAUAUGGGAUGCCUUUUCUGGGAUCCCUGUGCGCACCAUCUUUGACAGCCAUGCAGGCGGUGGGAUCUGCGCUAUUGCCAUCUCCCAGGAUGCAAGGUGUUUGGUUACCAUCAGUGCUGGCAUGGUGCAGAGGGUCUGCGUGUGGAGGUGGACAUAUCCUGAUGAGAGCCCCGUGUGUGACGUGGAGCUGAGCCCUGAGUUUGGCUUCCAGGAUUUUGUCAUUUUCAAUCCCCAAAAUCCUUAUGAGUUUGUCAGCAACAGCAAAACCCAAGUGAUAUUUUAUCUGUGGGGCGAUGCUGGUUUGCAGUACAGCACUCCUUCUUUGACCAAGCAGACCUUUGGCAGCGCAGCGGGGCACUUCACCCAGUCAGCUUUCCAUUUCAACGCCACGCAGGUGCUGACGGGCACCUCGGCUGGGAAGGUGGUGGUGUGGGAUGUGGAGAGAAAGCGGGAGCUGGACAAGGAACCGGAGGGCAGGGUGCAUGGCAUGAAGGCCACCAAGCUGGUGCCGAUGCAGGAAGAAAGCCUGACAGCGCUGAUGGUGUUGGAGAGCUGCAUAGUGACAGGGGAUGUGAGAGGCCAGGUGAAGUUCUACAAUGGACACCUGCAGCUCCUGGCCUGCUAUGACCACAGUGGUACGGGUCCCAUUCGGUCCAUCUCCUUCUCCAAAGCUCCUCCAGAUUCUCCAGCUGCCCCUUCUACCAGCAGCCACCCCUUCGCUGCUAGGAACUUUAUCCUUUCAACCUCUGAUGCAACAGUGCUCCGUGUUGCGACAGAUGGGACAGACUUUGAAAAAGUCAUGAAAGAGGCCAAGAAAGCAGUGACUGCCAUUGCAUGCCAUCCUCAACAGCCACGGCUUGCCAUGGGCAGUCACUGCGGGCUGCUGAAGGUGUGGGACUACCAGCAGCCCCAGCUCCUCAUGAGCAGGAUAUUCCCCAGUGCUGGAGUGCAGUGCCUGUCCUAUGAUCCUGCAGGCUCCUUCCUGGCUGCCGGUUUCACCGAUGGGAGUGUGCAUGUCCUCGAUGCCAUUUCCCUGCUGUCCUGCUGUGAGGUGUUCAGGUUCUCACGGGGCCCCAUAACUCACGUCCAGUUCUCCCAUAACUCCGAGUACCUCGCAACUGCUGAUGAAAAAUAUGCAGUGACCGUUUACAAAAGGGUUCUGCAGAAUGAGCGUAGGUGCUGGGAACACCUGGCAGGGCUGCACUCCCACUACAAGCCCAUCCGGAGCAUCCUGUUUGGGAUCCACCUGGACGGCAGUGAGCCCCGGCUGCUGAGCCUUGGGGAGGACAGGCAGCUGAUUGAAUAUGACCUGAGCAGCAGCAGCAAGGACCAGCUGGUGGUCCAGCACAGACAUCGUGUCGAGCAGGCUGCAGUGCCCCUCUGCUUGGCCUGGUAUCCACAUUUCAGCACCGAGUCCUUCAUCCUCAUGGCUAACAGCUGCUACAAAAUGAAGCUGUACAAUGCAACGACCAAAAUGUGCAGAAAGACUCUUCUGGGACCAACCUAUGGCUCGCCGUUGGAGAAGAUGCAAAUCCUCCCCAAGAGUGCUGCACAGCCCCAGAAGCACUACCUGGCAUACAUUACCAAGGACAAGGUGGGCCUGCAGAUUCUGCCCAUUGAUGGCAACCCCCACAAGUCCUCAGCUUUCAUUUGCCACCCAGAUGGUGCCUCUGACCUGGCCAUCUCCUACGAUGGGCGCUACAUCUUUACGGCUGGGGGGAGUGACCGCACUGUUCUAAAGUGGGAGGUGAACCUGAAUGCCUUGGAAGCUGCUGCAUCCCUGGGUGGGGAGGACCUGGUCCCGUUCUACAGACUGCUGGAGGGUGGCCAGGACGGUGAAUUCUUCAGGGAGCUGGAAGACUAUUUCUACUAUGUGCAGCUGCGCAGCCAUGGCAUUGAUAUGCUGGAGAGCAGGCAGGUGUCAACGUACAUUCCCUUGGAGGAAAUUCCUUCUGUAAUGAGAGCAAUGGGUUUUUAUCCAUCUGAGGAAGAGAUCGAAGAAAUGAUAAAUGAAGUAAAAUUCAGUGAGUUUGUGGAUACCGGAGAACAAGUGACAAAAAUCAAUUUAAGGGAUUUUAUCAAACUUUAUAUAAAUCAUCGGCCCGCAUUUGGCUUGUCAAUGAAAACAAUACGACAAGCAUUUCAGGUCCUUGGUUAUGAGAAUGAGAACGGCGACAAAGUUAUUGACAGAGGAGACUUGCUGUCACUCCUACAGUGCAGGGGAGAGCAUAUGAUGGAGGAUGAGCUGGCACUGUGUCUGUCUGCCCUGCUGGGUAGGCAUCCAAUGGGAGGAAGAUCUGACCUGGAUGUAUGUGAUCCCUCAGGUGCAGCAGCUUUGAUGGAAGAAGAAAUUCCAGAGCAAAUCACAGCAGAGAGAUUCACUGCCGGCAUUCUUGGCCUAUCCAUUGCUGAGCCAGAAAAAAGAACAGUAAACUGAGAUGGAUAAUUCAUCUGUGAAGACUCAGAACUGUAGCUGCCACUGUUUUCUACUCUUUCUACUUUCCAAACUCCUCA